UGCAACCUUCUGCAUCUUUCGGCCUCCAUGAUUGCACCGCAGCUGCUACAAUUGUGGCCUGCUGGGCGGCAAGCAGAGGGAAAUUGAAUCGCAUUCCCCCCCAAGUCGCCGUUUUCCCCUUUUCCUUUCAACUUCCAAUUCUCUCUUUGCGACCGCCGUCAUGUACGAGGACGAGGGAAGGCAUCGCUCUCCGUCGCGCGAUGGCGGCAGCCUUCGCGACCGCGACCGCAACCGCCAUCGCCGCAGUCGCAGCCCGUAUACGCGCCGCACCGACGACCGAGAUGGCGACUACAGUCGGUCGAGAAAGGAUUCCCCGGGCCCUCGAAGAAAUCUGAACGAUGGCGACGGCCACUACGACGACGGCGGCGUCCGUGCUGGCGACUACCCGUCUUGGCGCCACAAGGGCGAAGAUCAUACAGCUCUGGCCCGUUCCUACAGCGACGCCGACGCCGUCUUCAAUGACGUCGGCAGUCGCCGCGCCGGCGGAGGCCGACGAUCUAUCGGACAAGAUAGUCGCGUUCGUGAUCAUGGGUCUGGCCUACGGACUGUUGCUCCAGUCCUUUCUUACGAUGAACCUGCCCCGUUCGAGGAGGCGCCUAGCCAUCAUCCUCUCCUCGCUGACGCUGACAGCAUGGGUUUACCAAGUCUGGAGUCAUGCUAUCCAGAACGGAAUGAUUCUCAAUCCGCUCACACCGCUGAUGAUGGCUAUGCUUCUCAGCCUCGUUUUCGGAAUUCUGGCAGAUUGGGGACAGUACUGGCUGAUGGGCUGCGGUCUGUUCAUCCUCUGGAUGCAUCUCGCCUGGGCCUACCUUCAGGCGGUUUCUCUGGCCGGGCCGUCGUCUUAGACGGCCUGCCCGAGGAUGUCACUGAGCGUGACAUCCUCUACGGUCUCGAUUAUGUCACCAGAGACCGCCAUUUCUCGAGCGAUAGGGUGAGAGUUGCUCGUGUUCGUUAUGACCAGAACGGACGUUGCAUUGCGUUUGUCGAGUUUCAUCGUCGAUCGGACGCCGAGCAUUUCUAUGACCGAUACUACCCGGACAUCUCCUUCCGUCUUGAACAUUCUCGUGGUCGCGAUUCCGACUACGUUACUGUUGCAAUUAGUUACCCCAGGAGCGACGAGCGGCACUCAUCUCGUGACUCGCGUAAUAGGGAGGAUCACGGCUGGGACUGCAUCAAGUGUGGUGCAAUCAACUACCCCCACCGAGCGGUUUGCUUCAAGUGCAAAGCUGAGCGUCCUGAAGAAGACCAUGGCCCUGUCCUAACUGGCGAAACGGAUGAAUGCCCUCAGCAGACGCCGUCCCAGUAUGUCGUAGUCCGGGACUUGGAGGGUUCUGUUACCGAAGAAGUCCUCGCCAAGGGCGUCAUGAAGCUGUUUGUGGAGAAUUCGGAACCGGCGAAGGAGGCUCCCAGCACGGCAAACAAGCUCAAGUCGACAGCGCCGACUAACAGCACAGUUGGACUGGGGGCAAAGCCAGGCUCCCUUCGACGCGUGUUUCUGAUGCGCGACCGCAAAACUAAUAGUUCGUGGCGAUAUGGGUUCGCUGAAUUCGCUAGUGUCGAGGAUGCAAAGGCUGCAGUUGCGAAGUUCCGUGCUUCCACAAAAUUCACCAUAGCAUCCAAACCCGUCGUGAUCGCCUUCAUCCAUACCGGUGUCUUCAUUCCCGCUUUUGAUACUCCUGAAACUGAGAACCACGAGUUCUCCUUCACCCCGAUCUACAAUCCCGCUGUACGCGUCAAGUACUGGGAUGAACGCGCCUACCCCAGUGUCCACGUCGUAUCUACUGAACCGCUCCCCGAUGCCGCGAGUUCCCCCGAGAAGGCAGGUGGAAAUGACGAUGCCAAGUCCGGACCGAGGCCCUCGAAGAAGGCCAAAAUCUCCAAGGAGCCCGUUCCCGCCGCCAAGAUCGCAAUGAUGCCACAAAUGCAGCUCUGGGCGAAGGCGUCGGCAGAGCUACACGGCGCCAAGCCAGCGGCAGACACGGACGUGUCCCCGACCCAAGCGCCCGACGAAAUCAAGCCCGCCGCUGUUCGUGCCGCUUCCCGCGAGGCCGAGGACGCCCAACCGGACGGACCGGUAGCUCCACAGCGAGGCGACCAGUACCUCUCCUACGCCGACUGGGACAGCAUGACCUGUCUGGCCUGCGGUUGGGAAGCGCCAAACCAGGCGCAGAUUGAGGAGCGCGGCUGGCCUCAAACCCGCGGCGACCUCUUGAUCGAGCAUGAGGGUCGUGCCCACCAAUUCUUUAAGGAAGACGACGCUGCCAAGCAGAAGGCCGCUGCCGCGCUCUCCGCUCUGAGCAGGGAACCCCGGCCCAUCGUCCGCCGCAUACCGCGCCAGAAGUCGGAGCGUCUGCCCGUGUACAAGUCCUACGCCGACUUCGACCGCCUGCGCUGUCUCCUCUGCAAGCGCGGCUUCAAGGACGCCAGGCUUAUCUGGCUGCACGAGCUGCAGAGCGAGCUCCACAAGCGCAUGCUGGCUGACCCGCAGAACCGGGCGCGCGCGGCCGAGGAGUUCACGAAGCUCGGGAAGAAGAUGCGCGUCGUGGAGCCGGAUGCCGAUUUCAGGAAGCGCUGGGAGGCGCAGCGCCUGCGGUUCGUGCAGCCGCAGUACCGCGAUCGGGCGCUGGAGAGGAGGAAGGUGUUUGGCCAGCCCAGGAAGCCCACGGUGGUUGCUGCUGGUGGUACUGGCGGCAGCGCUACCGUUCCGGAGAAGCGCAAGGAACCUGCCGAGCCUGCAGACAAGGACAAGGACAAGGAGCCGGUCGCGAAGAAGUCCAAGGGCGCCGGCAUGCUCGCCAAGAUGGGCUGGACGGCCGGGGCCGGGCUGGGUGCUGAAGGCGCGGGAAGGACCGAGACCAUCGCCACGGAGGUGUAUGCCCCCGGCGUCGGGUUGGGUGCCGAGGGUGGCAAGCUGGGAGACGCCAGCGAGGAGGCGGCGAGGAAAACGCGGGGCGAUUUUGCCGGGUUUGUGGAGAAGACGAAGGAGCGGGCCAGAGAACGAUUUGAGAGGAUGUAGUCCUAAGGAGGUUCUCUUCUGCAUCGCGCUGAGAUUUGUUUGUAUGCGUAGGGUUGCCAGAAGCACUUUCUUCGAGGCCGGCGUUUCGGAGGUAAGAGUGAGGCAUAUACCCCACAGUUGAAAGGCUGCCUUGUAUGUUGAUUGCAGGAGCUCUCUCUCUCGUUGCACCACUUGAAUUCACUAUGUGCUGGGACCGGCGGUUACUCCUCCUGGAUCAUCAACAUGUUUUUUUUCGACAACGUGUGACGAUGUGACAAGUUGGGAGUGGGUGACGACUCUUUCCCCUCGCGCUAUCCCCAGAUUUAAGUCAGGUAUCUAACUGGGAAUCCCCUACUACUACUACUACUACUACUACUACUACUACUACUACUACUACUACUACUACUACUACU